GUGACUGGCGGAGCGGACUGGUGUCUCCAAAUGGGGAGGGGAAGCCCACGGCGACGCGGGAAGAGAAGCACGGGACUGAGGGCAGGGCGAACACAGUCACAGCAAGAACGACCACGGCACAAGCGAGACGGACGAGUCCCGAACAAGGGCGAGAACAAAGGCGAGCAAGUUGCAAGCAGACAACUGUGAGUCUGUGAGGACCCAGCACCCAGGAAUGCCAGCGAGGACGAGGGCCACAUCCGAGGAAGGAGGACGGGCAGCACCCUGCGACGGCCGGUGCCGCUGGGUUCAUUCCUUCGUCGUCGCGAUCGUCCCUCGUCGCGAGCUGCAUCGCACAUCUCGCCCAGAGCAAUCGAAAUUGCUGGAAAACUGUGACGAUUCGCGCCACAGCAGCUCACCCAGACCCAUAUCUGCAUUCCUGCGAGCGGGCACAAACGUUCCGCCACUCCACUUCACCAACUCGCUUCGACACCAGGAACGACAAGCCUAUGAGCACCCCAGGCCAGGAAUCGACUGCCAAGGAACCCCAAUUCAGUCGUCCCGACAGCUCGAAAGUGCCCGAAAUGAUAAAAUCCGAGCCCAUCGAAACCGCAGGCCAAUUGCCGGAACAGCAACGUGAUCGAUACGUGCUCAAAGUCAUUCAGCAGCCCCAAGUGGCACGAUGCUGCGGAUUCGGCGAGAAGCACGAGAAGCGGGCCAUCGAUCCUCCACCGGUAGUCCAGCUGCUCUAUCUGCAGUCCGACGACCGAAUCCUGAGUAGGCCUCACCAACUCGCCCAGCAAGUGGCCAACUUUGUCCUCUUUGUCGAGCUCUGGUCGACCGACGAGCAGGAAAACCGCUCGCUCGUUCAAUACCACUCCCAGUCCGACCGUGCGCAUCUGCGGUUCCCACACGAGGCCCGUUUCGAGCAAUCCGGAGGCAGCGGCAGUAGCAGCAGCAGCAGCAACUCCAAGCGACCUCUGACAUCACAAGUGCGCACGCUGUGCGGCAAGUGUGUCGCCCAUAGCGAGUUCCUGAUCAACGAAAUGGGAGAGGAGGUGGUCCUCUUCAUCUUCCCAGAGAUCAACAUCCGCGUCAAGGGCGACUACAAGCUCAAGUUUGUGCUGUUCGAGUGCCCGAAUCUCCAAGCCGAUCCUGUGCAGCCGGGGCCGCCACGACUGACAAGCGACAGCCGAGCACACGUCUUUUCCGACUCCUUCACCUCGUUCCAGUGGCAAAAGUUUAUUGGCAUCCCAGACCGUUGAGAUAUAGCAGCACGUCAAGCCGCCAGGGAUUCUCGGCCCGCCAAGCAACAUCGAGCCUCGGCCGUUGUAUCGACGGCCAGAUCAGCACCAGAAGCACCAGAAGCACC